GCAUUAGGGCCCGUGUGUGCCUGGCCUACCCCCCGCUAGGCCACACGCUGAGCGGAAGAGCGUUGGUUUUGGAGAAAAGGUAGCGGUGGCCCUGUGCCCUCGUGGCCGUGGGGGAAGGCCGUUCUCAGCGCCCUGCCAAGUGUGAGGGCAGUGUGCAUCCUGAGGGUUGCCCAGGAGGGGAACUUGUAUGUACACACACAACAUUAAGUAUAUGAGCCAUGGAGAGUGUGGGGACACCUUCCUCUGGAGGGUUGUCUAUGGUUGGGGGCACAGUGCUGAGUGUAUGUGAUGGCCUCACCUACACCCAGCUGCUGGACCAUGGCUAUGGUCUCACCCCCAUCACCCCCAGCAACUCCCAGGAGUCCCCCUCAGUCACUCCAGGCCGCACACAGAGUGUGAAGCGCCGCCUGGUGUUGGAGGAGGGGGGUGUUGACGGUGAGGGCUUCAGGACCCCUGUCAAGACCCCCCGGCGUGCCAGGCAGAAGUCCGUGUCCUCCACCCAUUACACUCCACCGUCCAAGGGAAAGGCGCCUGCUGUUCCUCCAGCCCCUUCCCCAGGCAAAACAUCCCGAUAUGACACUUCCCUAGGACUCCUCACCAAGCGCUUUGUGGACUUGCUACAGACUGCUCCUGAUGGCACAGUGGAUCUGAACAAGGCAUCUGACAUGCUGUCAGUUCAGAAGCGAAGAAUAUAUGAUAUCACAAAUGUGUUGGAGGGCAUUGGUCUAGUCAACAAGAAAUCCAAAAACAACGUCCAAUGGUUAGCGGCCAGAGUGAGCAGCGAGGAUCUAGGAGAGGAGCUGCAGGACCUGGAAGCCAAGGAGAACGAGCUCGAUAACCUUAUAGAGCAAGCAGAGAGAGACUUGAGACAGUUGAGUCAGGACAAGAGGUUUGCCUAUAUUACAUACCAGGACUUGCACACCAUUAAAGAUUAUAAGGACAAGACUGUGUUUGCCAUCAAAGCGCCACCGGGGACACAGCUACAGGUGCCUCAAGAAUUGAAAAAAGAGAGUUGUAUACUCCAUUUAAAGAGUGAUAAUGGUCCUAUAGAAGUUUACCUGUCUGAGUCUGCCAUAGGAGAAAGCCCUGCUAAAGAACAGGCCAGCAGACAGAGUCCUCUUAAGGCCUCUACAUCAGCAACCAACACUUCCAGGACCAAACUGAGGCCCACACGGACCAAGGCCAACAAAGCAUUACUGCAGACACGCAAGCCUGUCUUUAAAACACCAAAGAAGGAAAUAGAGUCACCUGCAGAAAUGGUAAUUAAGACAGAAGUACCUGACCCAGAUGAAGAGGACCUCCUGGGAGCCUCAUCCGGUUUGGAUCUUAAUAAUGAUGAAGGUCUACGCACAGCCCUUAUCCUUGGCUCAGAGGACCUGGGACCUGUAGGGGGCAAACUCCAGCUCCAAAUGGAGGACCAGCCGAGCAGUGGUGAAGGCGGGUCUGAGGAUGUGAUGCUGGGCUGCACCUCAGGCUCCCCGCUGCCCUUCCUCACCCUGGAGCCUCCCAUCUCAGACACAGACUACAACUUCUCACUUGACAUUACUGAGGGAGUGUAUGAUCUCUUUGAUUUUAACUUCUGACCAAUCGAAGUAUAGUCCAGGGUGUGUUGUAUUUUAUAAAGAAAUUAGAUCUUGUUUCUACACAAUUAUUCCUGAAUGCAGUUUAAGUUCUUGACACUUUCACCUGCAUAAUGUAAACUUUCAGACAUUGUCUGGAAAUGUAGACAUUUGUAGUGUUCUCUCACUCCUUUAUGAGAAGUGUUCUAGGCCAAAGGUUGGUUUUUUUUAUGUCUUGAUAGAAUUCUUUUAUUCUUAAUUCAUAUUGUUUCUAUAGUAUAAAAGUUAUUUUCAGCAAUAAAGUAUUUAUGUAUGUAGAGACUUGACUGACCGAACAUGAACAAACCUGAAGUGAAAGCAGCACAGCAGCGGUGGUUCUCAUGUGCUUUGAUGUGACUUGGCAAGAAGACAGACAUUUGCUGUGGUGCAUUUUUGCUUUAAAUUUGACUGCUGAACCCCAGAUAGCUGUGAAUCUUUGUUCAUGACUGGAUACUUGCAUGUCAGCCCCAUAGUACCUGUGUUCUGGUGACCAAGGGCUGCCUCCUCAACUGUAAUAGAAGCGCAUCAAGUGCAGCUCAUGUUGCAUUCCUCGUGAAAUUCAAUCCGCAGAGUAUUUAACCAGUUACUUCCAUGAUUACUUUAGGGGUCAAGUAGUAGUGAAUUAUAUUUAAUAUUUUUUCUAGGUAAUUUCCUUUGUUUGCUUCUUUUGACUUCUUUUGUUUCAGAUAUUUCUUAUUUGAUGUUUCCUAAGUUUUGAUAAGAAUGACAGGAUUAAUUUUAUUUUCUUAUGUUGUGCUAGAAUUGCAAUUUAAGCUUUAAUGGUCGAUAGACUUGGCCUUUGGGUGCAGAGCGAGCCAUUACUUCCAUCCAUUGAUUUGUUUACUGAAUAUAUAAAAAAUUAGAUUACUUUCCAUAACAAUAAUGUGCCAAUCAAAUUUUUAGCUACAUACCUAUUUUAGAAGGAAAAUAUCAUUUUAAAAGUUUUACCAUUGCAAUCUCUUAUAUUUAAAAGACUUAUUAAAUAGUUGCCUUAUAACAACCAGAUUGGAUCUUUGCAUGGUUACAUUUUAUUCACGAUGAAAAUUUUUUAUUGAACUUUUUAUAAGCAAGAUGGGUUCUUGGGAAAACUAGGCAUAGUGAGAGCAUGUUUUGUAAAGCAUCAUACUUAUGCAAAUUAGUAAUUGGCAGAGGCUGUUAACAUGAGUGAUGUACCUAAUUGAAUAUUGAUAAAUGUUCUUUUAACAUAAAAACUGGGCCUAUUGGACCCCCUGGUGGCCAAGAUGUAUGUAGGGCUGUCAUUUACAGGGUUGGAUGGGUCAAGAGAGCCUUGAAAGGGAUUAAAUUUCUUCUGUAGUAUGUCAUGUUUAAGUCUAAUCUAGUGCUAAAGCUUUUUAAAGAUGUGUGUGCAUGUUUGCAAAUGAAUUUAAUUUACACCCAAUUUCACUGCCAUGCAAAUUAUGCUGUCAAUUAAGUGAAGGUAGUCCAGGUAGUGGUGACAGUGGUGGCUUGAGCUGGACCACAGCAUGGCCCGGGACUCACCAGGUGCCCUCAAGACAAAACGGUGGAACUCAUUCUGUUUGCAUGCAAAGAAUGUGUAUUAUUUUGAGAUAUUUUGCGGAAUGACACUUUUCUGUGAUGAAUUACAGUUGGUGAUUAAUGACGUGAAAUUUCUGACUUUGGUCCUCAACUCAUUGACGACAUUACACAAACACUAGUGCUUCAUUUUCAUACGUGUUGGAUUGCUCAUGCCUAAGGUAGCAUCAUGAAAGAUGUUUCUAGAGUUCAUGUUUUGUAAAUUCAUGGUUUUUAAGUACAAAUUAUAUUCAUUCAGUGACACAGCUGUGAGUAGAAUGGCUAAGUGUGGUGGUAGACCUUGUAAAGUGACUUAAUUGCUGCCUUGAACCAAAUAAAAUUUGGGUAAAGCCUCUGCUGUAGAUUUGCACUCAACCAGGCUUCUCACAGCUGUGUCUUGUAACACAUUUGUUAAAAAAAUGGAAAUAAAAGAGAUAUAUGAAAAA